UCGGCCAAUUUAAAGCGCUCACAUUUAUUAAUCAUGCCAUCUGCAGCAAAGAUUCCGCACAUUGUUGGCGACGACAGCGAUUCUACGUGUUCCGAAGCCGAUUCUGUGAACACGAUGGAAAACGACUCAGUGGAUCUCCCAACGGAAGGAUCUGGAUCUGAGUCGGACAAGCAAACAAGUUCUACAUCAGACAGCGACGAUGAUAGUGAUUCUGAGGAUUUUAGUCCGGAUGUGCCUGACAACGGGUAUAACGUAAUUUAUGCCUCACCUGAGUGUGCGCCAGAGUCCGUGCCAAAAGAAUUAGUUGAAGAGCAGCUAAUCGAAAAGCAGCUAAUCGAAGAGCAGCCUGUAAUUGGGUCAGCUGACGAGCAAGUGGCUUUGCAUGAACCCGAGCUAGCUGCUGCUGUUGAACAACCUAAGCCUGAGCAGGUUGAUCCUGUAGGGGUCGAUGCCAGUGAGACGCAAGUGAAAUCAUCAAUUUUGCGUCGUGAAUCGUUGCGCUCUAGUGUGCGCAAAACUCAAGUGUCAAUUCCGGCAGCUGCUGAAAGGUCCAUGAGCUCCAUUGGCGCACGUGUGGCCAAGCGUGCUAGAUAUUCAAUCAAAAGCAAGUCGCCUGUGGCAGAGCAAACAAAUAAAGCCCAUGGAGUGGCGGUGCAAGUGACUGAAUAUUUUGCUAGCAUCUCGGCUUUGCUUGUGGAAAAUCGUGUAAGCCUUGCGCCGUUUCUUUACAUGCGCGAACGCAUUGAUUCGCUGGUGGGUGAGACCAUAGCCAAGACUAAGCGACAGCGCAGAAAGUAAUUGAAAAUGUAACCUUUAAUUUUCGGCUAAAUAAAGACAAUCAAAUUGUUUGAUCAAGCAUUAA